UCAUUCCCAACACAACUGACUUGCUCUCCUCAGAGAAACACCUCUCCAUCUGAAAGAAUGGCUCCAAUCUACAUGACUGACUACUCUAAACUUUCCAACAAGGAAAAGCAUAAAUUGAGAAAACCAGUUGUGGAAAAGAUGCGUAGAGAUCGCAUUAACAACUGCAUCGAGCAACUCAAAUCCAUGCUGGAGAAGGAGUUUCAACAACAAGAUCCAAACACCAAGCUGGAGAAAGCCGACAUCCUAGAGAUGACGGUGGUUUUUCUGAAACAGCAGCUGCAGCCCAAGACUUCGGCUACAAAGAAAGCCCACUUUGAUGGCUACUCUCAGUGCUGGAGGGAGACCAUGACCUUCUUAUCUGGUAACACUAAGGUGGACACUGUACGUCAGCAUCUGAACCACUACCAAGAAGCCCAAAGAUUGUCUAAAGAGCUCACUCACGUGUCUCCAGCUGCCCAUCAGUCCAGCAAGGUCAAGCAGGAACCAUGUGCUCUCUGGAGACCCUGGUAGACCAUGAAAGACUUCCACUGAAAAACUAGAUGGUGGUUUUACCAUCUCUAAUGCUGUAGGAGAUACACAUUUCCAUUUCUAUGUUUGUUUCAACUGCUUCAUAUUGAAGUCCCAGUUGUUUUAUUCUUGAUAAGAUAUUUGCCUUUUGUUGGUCUAGAGGCUUUCCCCCCCAGUCCUAAUGUUGUUUGGCUUGCAAACAUUGAUAUUUCUCAGAAUCUGAGCUCUUUGUAAGGACAUUCUUUUGAUGCAACCUUUUGUAAAGGCUAAAGGAAAAGAAUAUUUGUUCUCAUGUGGACACUGUGUGUCUGUCAUUGCCUUUAAUAAAAAAGCAAAUAAUUCUUAAAUAUUUGAAAUCAUUCUUUCAUUGAUGUAUAGUGUAUGUAUUAUACUUAAUAAAUAGCAAUGAAGUCAUCACAUAAACACUAUACACUAAAAAUAGUAUACAGUUCUUUUCAGUGCAAAGCAAAUAUUUGGAUGCAUCAAAUAUUUUUAAAGAUGUAGUUGCACAGAGCUGAAUAAAAUAUGUACAAAGAUAAUUAAGCUUACAUAAUGAUGAAUCGUUACUAUAUAAGUUCAGAUAAGUUUGCAAAUCCCUGAACAUGUUUUAGUGACAUGUUUAAAAUAUAUUUAACAUGCAAAUCAAUGAGCAUUAUGGGUUAUUAUAAUUAAAGCAAAUAAGUAAAUAAAUAAUAACUGAAGUUGUUACUUGAAAUAAAUGUUAGCUAAAAAAUAAAAAUGAAUUUGAUUUACUAAAAAAACUACACC